UGUCUUCUCAAGUGCGUUGCAUCUAAAAAAGUUGCUGGCUUCGACAGCAUCGAGCGUGGCACCGGCGUUGCUUCUCAGGCUCAGCUCGCUGCUGCCACCAAUUGGCAAGGAGAAACAGCAGGUGGCAAAGUAAGAUGCGAGGAAACUGGAGAUGCUUACGGUCAUCUGCCUGCCGAUGCAACCAGCAUUCCAGUAAACUCAGCAUUACGACAUGAUACCAACCUGUCAUAUUCUAUUCCUAAAAGUCUUCCAGCCUCUCCUUGUGGAUUUCAUGUACUACAAAUCGAAUCUGGACCAAGUGAGAUGGCUCGACCCGUGCUUCAGCCUGCUAAUUCUGCUGCCGUCGAGUUGGAGCAACCUAAACAGGGGAAGCUCCGCUCUCAGCCUAUACCACUCGGGAAGAGUCGAAGAGCAUCAGGGAUCGAUAACCAGAGGGACAAACGCUUCGAUCCAUUCAAGACAUGGUCUGGCAGAUUUGAGAGGCAGUUGUCGAGCUUCCGUGGGAGACCUCAAGAACACGAUUGCGAGGCGAAUGAUGGCUGUAUAGUUGAAGUCGAGCCUCUGCCGGCAGUCGAUCGCUACUUUGAUGCCUUAGAAGGACCGGAAUUAGACACACUGAGGGUAUCGGAGGUGUCGGUUCUUCCCGAGGACACGAAAUGGCCUUUCCUUCUUCGGUUUCCGAUAUCUGCCUUCGGUAUGUGCCUGGGUGUCGGUAGCCAAGCCAUCCUGUGGAAGACGUUGGCCACAUCUCCAUCCGUGGGUUUCUUGCACGUAAGCCUGACGGUCAAUCUCGCCCUCUGGUGCAUGUCGCUGGUGCUGAUGAGCACCGUGUCCCUCAUCUACGCGUGCAAGAUCAUCUUCUACUUCGAGGCUGUCAGGAGAGAGUACGACCACCCGGUCCGCGGCAACUUCUUCUUCGCUCCAUGGAUAGCCUGCCUCUUCUUGGUGCAGGGAGUGCCGCCGUCGGUGGCGGAGAAACCCCCUGCUGCUCUCUGGUAUGCUCUCAUGGCUCCCAUCUUCUGCCUCGAGCUCAAGGUCUACGGGCAGUGGAUGUCCGGAGGCCAGCGCAGGCUGUCGAAGGUGGCCAACCCUUCGAAUCAUCUGUCCAUAGUAGGCAACUUCGUGGGGGCACUGGCGGGCGCCUCCGUGGGGCUCAGAGAAGGUCCCAUCUUCUUCUUCGCCGUUGGGUUGGCACACUACACCGUCCUGUUCGUCACUCUGUACCAGAGGCUUCCCACGAACGUGACGCUGCCCAGGGAGCUCCAUCCGGUGUUCUUCCUGUUCGUGGCAGCUCCCAGCGUUGCGUGCAUGGCGUGGGCAACGAUCAACGGGGACUUCGAUUACGGAUCCAGGAUCGCUUACUACGUUGCUCUCUUCCUCUAUUUCUCUCUCGCUGUGAGGAUUAACCUUUUCCGAGGCUUAAGGUUCUCGCUUGCUUGGUGGGCAUACACGUUUCCGAUGACGGGCUUCUCGAUCGCAACCAUCAGGUACUCGAUGGAAGUAACGAACGCGUUCACCCAAGCUCUCUCUGUUGGGUUCUCGGCCAUCUCCACCUUCACCGUCACAGCCUUGCUCGUUUCCACCAUCGUGCACGCCUUCGUCCUCCGCGACCUCUUCCCUAACGACAUCUCCAUCGCCAUCACACGGAAAGGACCAACCUUUAGCAAGUCCAUUGUACAUCCGCGAUCGAUCAACUCGGACAUUAACGAAGUCGAAGCUGCAGCAUGAGUUCCAUAGGAAAACCCUGUGCAGUACCGCACUCCAAAAUGUAAAGCAUGUAUAGGCAAUUCAGAGAAAAGAGAGGCCCAGGCCCGAGCACGAUAAAUAUUUGGUUUGAUGACUUGGUCGGGGUGCGCCAUGCCCGUGCAGUAGUGCAACGCAUGGGCGACGCGCAAGGGCCCCAGCAGCAAGCUGCCGUGAUGGACCCUCCCCCACAAUAAAUUAAUUUAAUAUCAUGGUGAGCCGAUGGCCCACGUAUCAGAUAUUAAACUGAUAAGAACAGAUACUACACUUGAUCUUAGCCAAAAGGCCGAGAAAGGUAUGCUUUACCUCGGCAGCCAUCGCCUGCUUGUAUACUGCUCUCGUCUCAGCGCUUGAACCUCGCUCACCGAUGUGGGACUAUCAGGAUGCGUCCGAACGUUCGUCGAUGGCGAUUACAGCUCCCAAACUGCAACGCACAGAAAGCCCACAACAGAGCAGAUUUGGCGAUCUCAAUCCCUUAUUCCAUGAACGACCCAACUUUGAGAAGCCUACUGCGUUUUUUCUCCGGCAAAUCACCGACAGUAAUACAAGUAAUCUCCUCAGCUUUCGCUUUCAUUCAUCUUCCUCCACCGACGAGGUGCAGUGAAGGUGAAGAGGAUAGUGCUUCUGCUUUGUUCUUGUGUCGGCUGUUGCAUGUACAGUUUUGAUUAUAUGUUUAUAGCAGACAAAAGAAGAUCCCACUUUGUGUGGCUGUGAGAACUCCGGAACAGAUUCAUCGAAAGACAGCAGAGAGAGAGCGAGAGAGGAAGCCAUUAAUGCUUAGAUACUUUA